AUGGCAAUGAAUGGAAAUAUUGAUGGCGAUGAUGAGUUUUUACACUACUUCGAUGAAGACAUUGGCACACGUUGUGUUUGCGGUUUCCGUAGCAAAAUAGAACUAGAAGAAGAAGAUGAUGGUGUGAAUUCAGAAGAUCUAUUUGAGAUGAAUCUAAAGAAGGAACCAUUAGGUACAAUAAGAGAAGAAGAUUGCGAGAGCAGUGUUUUCUCUAUUGAUAUCCAUAAGGAUAGGUUAUAUGAUGUUGUUUAUGUGGCUGUUGGAGAAAAUGGUUCAAGCAUGGAAGCACUUUCAUGGACCUUAAAGCACUUAGUAAACCCUAAUUCUACUAUUGUUUCUCUUAUACAUGUUUUCCCUCAAGUCAAGCGAAUUCCAACUUCACUGGGAAAAAUUCCAAGGAAAUAUGUGAGUCAAGAACAAGUUAACAACUACUUGAGCCAAGAGAAAAGGAAAAGGAGAAUACUCCUUCAGAAGUUCAUUGACAUGUGUACUGGCUCAAAAGUUAAGGUAGAGAUGUUGCUUAUUGAGAAUGACAACGUUGGUAAAGCCAUUGUAGAUCUUGUGAAGAAUCUAAAUAUAAGAAAAUUGGUGAUUGGAAUUACACAAUCUAAUCUAAGAAAACAUGAGUCAAGAAGACAUGAUUCUACCGCAAAGAUGGUGUUAAAAAGUGUAGAAGACAGAUGUGAUAUUAAAAUCAUAUGUGAAGGAAGAGAAGUGAUUGAUCAAAUGAUUAAUGGAUGUACUUCAUCAGAGCAUGAUGCAGUAGAUGGUUAUGUUCCGAUCAAGCAAUCCAUGCCCAAACCAUUUUGGUUAUAUACGUCUAGAUAUGAUUGGAAUUGGAACUAUACAAUCUAGAUAAUUCAGAUGAGACAUGGAUAGUUUAUUUUCAUUUCAAAUUUUCAGGCUAGCUAGACCAAAUACAUAUUUACAACCUUAACAAAGUCAAUCUGUAUGUCUAAGUUGUUAUUUUUCAUUACUAUCGUCUCAUCAUUUAUCUCGUUUUACUGGUUAAUAACAUUUAAAAUGUAACACAAUUUGUUAUCUGCCUAUGUUGUAGUAUACACCCCCCUCCACUUGAGUGUAUGAGGUUAGAACCCCAACAUGACGCUCAUAAUUUAUAUUAAAUGUCAUAAUUAUUUGACU